AAGCCUUCCGCGCAUGAGCAAUUCCACCUCCUUUCGGUAGUCGCCAUUGUCCAUCUCACGCCCCCGGGGGGAGAGGACUCUAGAGCCUCCAGGUCCGCUGGGCGCCGCAGAGGGCGGGCCUGAAACCUGCGCGGGCCAGGAGCGGAGGCCGAGCCCCUGCAGGUGUGUCGGAGGCCUCGCUGCGGGCGCUAGGCCGGGUUGGGGGGAAGCCGGCUUCCGCGGCUGCGCCAAGUCGGGAACUCUGGCAGCCGACGGCCGCCCCCCUCUGCGCGCCGGACUGCCCUUCGAGAAGGCCUGGGGAGGAGGCCAGGCAAGGGGCCUGGCGGAGGGACGGUUGUCUGCAGCCCCGUUCCUCCUCAGGAGCCGCGUUUCUCGACCUGCGUGGAAGGGGUGGCUGGAGGAGGCCUGGGGCGCGCGCGAGAACGGUUGGUUGUGACGUGGAUCCCAAGCCAGUCACGUCCGCGCCGGCGCGUGGGCGGCGCUGGCUGUUGGGGACGUGGCGCUGUGAAAUCGAGGGAUCUGGGCUCAACUCCAGAGCCCGCCGGUAAAUGGGCAGGUUAAUCUGGGAGAACCCCGGUACUCAUCUGUAAGAGUACAAUAGCCUUUAGGGUCGUUUCUUGUAUUCAAUAGGGUAGUGUAUAUGAAGUAUGAUAAGGCUUCAAUAAAGCCAACAGGAAAAACAUGUUUAGAUUAAAAAAUGUCCAGAUUCAUCAAGAUUAUAUGAGUCACCAGUGGACAGGUGAUCCUGACGUCAAGAUAAGGUCUCUUAGGACUUCUGUCUUUCAACUUUCCCUGUCCUGACUUCAUAGUUUCUAUAUUUUCCAUUAGCAGCAGAAAAUGAACAAGUACAGGGGACCAGUAACAUUUAAGGAUGUUACUGUGGAAUUCACCCAUGAGGAAUGGAAAUUGCUGGACACUGCUCAGAGGACCCUAUAUAGAGAAGUGAUGCAGGAGAACUACAGUCACCUCAUCUCAGUGGGCUAUUGUGCAAAUAGGCCAAAUGCAAUCUUCAAGUUGAAGCAAGGAAAAGAACCAUGGAUAUUAGAAGUACAAUUUCCACGUCAGAACAACCCUGAAGAUGUAUGCAAUACUCAUGACCAAGGAGCAAGAUGCCUGGAAAGCCAAGCUGAAAAUUCAAGGAAUGGAGAACUCAAGAAACAUCAGGAAACUCAUACCAGUGAGAAAACCUAUAAAUGUAAUGAAUGUGGAAAGUCCUUCUACCAGAAGUCUAUCCUCAUAAUACAUGAACAUACUCACUCAAAGGACAAACCCAGCGAAUGUGAGAAAUCCGUCUCUCAGAAUGGACACCUCACAAGACAACCAAAAACUCCUACCAGAGAGAAGACCUAUGAAUGUAAAGAAUGUAAGAAAACUUUCUACCAUCUGUCAUCUCUCAGUAGACAUUUGAGAACUCAUGCAGGAGAGAAACCGUACGAAUGUAAUCAGUGUGAGAAAUCCUUCUACCAGAAACCACACCUCAUGGAACAUCAGAAAACACACACAGGAGAAAAACCCUUUGAAUGUACUGAAUGUGGGAAGUUCUUCUAUGUUAAGGCAUACCUCAUGGUACAUCAGAAAACACACACAGGGGAGAAACCAUAUGAAUGUAAGGAAUGUAGGAAGUCCUUUUCCCAGAAAUCACACCUCACAGUACAUCAGAGAACACAUACAGGGGAGAAACCCUAUAAAUGUAAGGAAUGUGGGAAAUUCUUCUCUAGAAAUUCACACCUCAAAACUCAUCAGCGAACUCACACAGGAGAGAAACCCUAUGAAUGUAAGGAAUGUGGUAAAUGCUUCUACCAAAAGUCAGCCUUAACAGUACAUCAGCGAACUCAUACAGGGGAGAAACCCUUUGAAUGUAAUAAAUGUGGAAAAACCUUUUACUAUAAAUCGGACCUCACUAAACAUCAGAGAAAACACACAGGGGAGAAGCCCUAUGAAUGUAAUGAAUGUGGUAAAUCUUUCUCUGUGAAUUCAGUCCUCAGAUUACAUCAAAGGACUCACACAGGAGAGAAACCCUAUGAAUGCAAGGAGUGUGGGAAAUCCUUCUCUCAGAAGUCACACUUUGUCAUACAUCAGAGAAAACACACAGGAGAGAAACCCUAUGAAUGUAAGGAGUGUAAGGAAACAUUUUUUCAGAAAUCAAAACUCACUGCACAUCAGAAGACACACACAGAAGGGAAAAUCUUAUAAACAAUAUCAAUUGGAGAAUUCUGUCUGAAUUUGUCCUUCAGAAUAAUCAGAUAACUCACACAAGACAAAAAACCUUAUGAAAUAUCAUCAAUAUGGGAAAAUUUCAGCCACAUUCUUUCAUCAUGGAGAGAAAUUCUACAAAUCUCUUAGGGAGAAAUUUUUACCAUAUGUCAGACUUUUACUAAAUUUCAGACAACAUACAUAGUAGAAACACUACAACUGGUAAAACAUGAGGGAAACCUCUCUUUCAGCAGUCAUACUUUAUUGUACAACAUAUAAACCAUACAAGAGAAAUCCUGUAAGAAAAAUGAAUAUCAGGAAAUUUCUGUCAGGGUAGCCAUCAUAAAUGAGAGAUUUCUAUCAGUAUCCUGAGCAUUCAGAAAUCUUUUUAUACCUGUUGGACUAAUUAGCACAUUCUAAAAGGAGAUAAUCACAAAGAUUACAGCAUAUAUGGAAGGCUUUAUCAAGAAGUGAUGUUUCAGUGAAUGUCAGAACAGUGAUAUAAAGUAUAGAACCAUUUUAAAAAAUAUUUUAAAUAUGUGAAACCUUUUAAACAAAUUCUAAGAGAAUAUGUAUGAGGAAAAUACUUAUACUAGAGGUCAUGUUGCAGAAAUUGAUUACAAGGUUGUUUUUCUUUUAAAGAAACCUGCAAAUGUCAGGUAUAUGAAGUUUUGUAAAAAGCACAAAUAAAUUGAAAAAUGUGACAUCAUUAACACAUGUGAAAAGUCCUUUAGUAUGUAGGACUUAUGUGUGAAUGUCAGUGUGCUACAGAACACAGAUUGUGGAUGUUUGAUGUGCAUGUGAACCCAUCCAUAAUUGUACAUAGUGAAAUAUGUAGCCUUAUUUAGUUCAGUAACUUUUAUGUAUAUGAAGAUAUCUCUCAUUUAGUCUCAGCAGGGGCUCCUGUUGUUAACAGAAUGUGUAUUUAAGUGUAGUAUUCUUUUAAAAUUAUAAUGUAUCUCUCCCCCCCACCCAUUUCUGAAUGGAUAUGGAUUUUACUGAACUAAUCCUUCAGAAAGAAUAUAAAAAUGUUUCUGUAAAAUUUGCAACUCUCUUAUGGUUGGCCAAAUUUUACAUUAGGGAUACAUUUAUAGGAAAAAGGCUUCCCCAGUGGCUCAGUGUAAAGAAUCUUCCUGCCAGUAGUGGAGAUAUGGGUUCAGUCUCUGGGUUGGGAUGGCAACCCACUCACUCCUGUAUUCUUGCCUGGGAAAUGUCAAGGACAGAGGGGCCUGGAGGGCUCUGGUCAACAGGUUCACAAGAGUUGGAUGUGACAGCAACUAAACAACAACAAGUUCAUUUUUAAAAACAGCUGAAAAUCCCUACAUAAUAAAAAAUAAUACUAUGUGAAGAAAUAUCUGUUAGUGUUGUUUUAGUAAGUUGCAGAGCUGUCUGAAUUUAUAUUUUGUAUGAGAGUCCUAAAUGUUCUUCACUACCUUUUUCUUUCUAGUAGAAGAAACAUGACAUAGAGGUUAAGAGUAUGGACUUUUGACUCCUACUGCCCAGGCUGUUUCUAGCAUGAGGCAUGCACCUAACCUCUUUGUGCCUCAGUUUCCUUUUUCAUAAAAAAAGCGAUAAUAGGAUUGCUUUGAGUUGUAAAUGAGUUAAUAUUUUUAAAGCACUUAGAAUAGUGUCUGAGACAAAGGAAGAGCUAUAUGUUAGAUACUAUCAUAAUAAUUUGUAUUUCUUGAAUUAUUCUGCAAAAUAAAUAAAAGGUUGGCUACCAGCAUUCGCCCCUCACUUUACUGCUGCAGUGCCUUGCUUUGAUUUGGUUGUAUAUUUUUCUGCAAGUGAUUCAGAUCUGGCCCACUGCCUGCAAUGUUUUACCUUUCUGAAUGGUUGAAAAAGAUUAUUUUGUGAUGUGAAAACUAUACAAUAUUCAAACUUACAUGUCUGUAAAUUCAACUUUUGUUAGAAUACUAAUAAAAAAAAUUUGUUUGUUUUGCCUGUGGCUGCCUUCACAUUACAGUAGCAGAGCUGAGUACACUGAAGAAGACCAUAUGCCCCACAGGGCCUAAGAUAGUUACUUUCUGGUACCUUACAAACUCAAGUUUUCUUAGAACUGAAAGUGUCACAGCCAACAUAGAAGUAUAUUUUUACAUAUGGUAUGUGUUUCAGAAAUUGUGCAUAUAUCAGUUUGUGGGUAGGUGGAGGUUUUUUGCAAUAUCUUUGUUAUGUGCAUUAUAUGUAUGUUACAAGACUAUAUAAGCAUUACAAUUUUUUUCAAAGAUAUGUUUUAGCUGCUGGACUGUCAUAACAUCAAAACAAAUACCCUGAUGGAAUGUAGCAGUAAAUUAUGAAAUAAACAUUGUCUAAAUUAAAUUAAUUGAUCCCUA